UGUGCAGAUACUUAAUCCAGACAGAUCGAAAUGGGUUCAGACGCAUACAUUCAGCUUCCCGUUAUCGAUUUCUCAAUGCUAAGUUAUAACCAGAACCCAGAAGCUACUGAUCAUCUUCUUCACUGGGACUCCAUGAAAACCCUAGUUCUUGAGUCUCUGCAGAAAUAUGGUUGUUUUCAAGCUUCCAUGGAUGGAGUUCCACCAGAGCUUCAUAAGUCUGUGUAUGGUGCAAUGAAGAAUCUCUUUGAUCUGCCAUUGGAGAUGAAAGCAAAGAAUGUAUCCACACAUAUGUUUAAUGGGUAUAUUGGUAAUUCUACACCACUUCCAUUGUAUGAAAGUAUGGGCAUUGAUGAACCUUGUGAUUAUCAAGAAGUUGAAAACUUCAUCAAUCUCAUGUUGCCACAAGGAAACCCUCAAGUUUGCAACGACAUCCAUAUUUACUCGAAGAAGCUGACGGAAAUGGAACGAAUGGUGAAAAAGAUGGUGUUCGAGAGCUUCGAUUUGGGGAAGCAUUUGAACGAACACAUGGAACUAACACGCUACGUGCUCAAGCUCAUGAAAUACCGAGCGCCUGAGCCAAACGAAACGAAUCUUGGAUUGCACGCUCAUGCGGAUUCUGGGAUAAUGACGGUUUUACAUCAAAACGAAGUCGAAGGAUUAGAGAUUCAGAUGGAAGACGAAGAAGAAUGGCUCAAGGUGAAACUUUCACCAAACUCGUUCAUCGUCAUGGCCGGAGAAACUUUAAGGGUAUGGUUGAACGGGAGAUUGCACGCGCCAUUGCAUAGGGUGGUGUUAAAAGGAAACACGAAUCGGUUUUCUUUAGCGCUUUUUGCAUUGCCAAAAACGGGUUACACUUUAAAAGCCAUCGAAGAAAUGGUGGACGAAGAACACCCGUUGCUCUUCAAGCCUUUUGAUUACGAGGAUUUCAUGAAGUUCCUCUUCACAAGCCGUCGACCGAUAGAUAAGUUCGCCGUAAAGGUUUAUUGUGGCCUUGUGUACUGAACAUGUAACAUAUACAUAUAUAAGGGAGGUUCAGAGAAAAACCCUUAUAAAAAUGAAAAACUAAGGAACACUAUGGUAACCGUUCAUUUGAAUGGUAUGCACACAUGUGUAUAC